GCUCGCUUCUCCUGGGGGGCGUCCUGGGGGCCGGAGGGCUGGCCCGCACCGAGGGCGAAGUUGCGUGCGGCUGCCGUGGCGGCGCCGAGGCUGAGCCGCUCCGACUCGGCUGAGCCUUCGAUGAUGUCAGAGGGGGAGGCAGCGGCGGCGGCGGCGGGCUGAGCGGAGCGCCGGAGCCAGAGGAGAGCGCGGAGCGGCGGCGGCGGCGGCGAGCGAGGGGAGCGGCGUCCCGUGCCAAGCAGGCUGCGAGCAUGAAUGGCGGGGCGAGAAGACUCCAUCUUGGGCUGCCUGGCCGCGCCGCUGCAGCAGCAGCAGACACGCAGAGGGUCCUGCUCAGGCAGAUUUGGAGACAGCGUCUUGAGCAACAGGGACACAGACACCCAAUAGAUGUGGUCUACUCGUGUAGGUCUGAGGCAGCUGAAUGGCUGCAGCAAUGGAGCUCACGGACAUUGGCCACUCCAGCUCCCUCCUGGUCCAGCUGAACGAGCAGCGCCUCCGCGGUCAGUUCUGCGACAUCACCAUCAUUGCUGAAGACACCAAGUUCAAGGCCCACAAGAACGUCCUCGCGGCCUCCAGCCCGUACUUUAAGGAGGUGCUGUCGGAGGAGUCCACCUGCCAGCAGCCCAGCCAGAUCCUGGAGCUGCCCGACGUCCAAGCGGAAGUCUUCUCCGACGUCCUCAACUUCAUCUACAACUCCCGGCUCUCCGUGCCCAGCCCGGCCGCCGCCAAGGAGAUCGGGGCUGUCGGCCGCCGCCUCGGCAUCUCCCGCCUCGAGGACCUGGACGACCCCUUGGCGGGCACCAAGAUGGACGACUCGGGCGGGGCCUCUUCCAGGCCGUGCAGCUCGCCGAUCGACCUCACCUGCCCUUCCCGCUCGGCGGAGCCUUCCAGCCCCCUCAGCUUCCACGAUUUGGCCAAAGCCUGCAGCCCGGCGAGCGACGGCCAGCCCGACCCCGAAACAGAGACCGCCAAGAUCCUGUACAACCUCAGCUCAGUCGCCGCCGUGCCGCCACCCCAGACAGACCUGGCUUACGUGCUGAAGGGAGGCGUCAGCUGGGACCACGACGAUUCCCCCGGAAACCCCUCCGCCGCCAAUGGCGAGGCGGACCACCAAGGGCCGGCCUCCUCUUGCUCGCCCCCGUCCGGAGCUUCCUACCCGGCCGCCAGCUCCUUCUGCUGCGGGAGCUGCGGCCGCUCCUUUACCACGUCAUCGGCGCUCAGCCUGCACAUGAAACUGCACCGGACACGCCGUUCUCUCUCCUGCCGGCACUGCGGCAAGAGCUUCAUCCACAUCAAGCGGCUGCAGACGCACGAGGUCUUGUGCAAGGAGAUGGAGAAGGCCGAGGAGGGCGUCCCCGGGGGUGAGGCGCUGCCCAGUCCCGGAUUGCCUCCCAAGCCGCCGCCGCCGUCUUCCAAGAAGAGCGUGCUGUUCCGCCACCGCGGGCUACAGCGCAUGGACUACAUCUCGGACCAAGACCACUUCGUCAAAGUGGUCGACGGGCACAUCAUCUACUUCUGCACCGUCUGCGAGCGCUCGUACAUGACGCUCUCGAGUCUCAAGCGCCACUCCAACGUCCACUCGUGGCGGAGGAAGUACCCCUGCCGCUACUGCGACAAAGUCUUUGCUCUGGCCGAGUACCGCACCAAGCACGAGGUGUGGCACACGGGUGAGCGCCGCUACCAGUGCAUCUUCUGCUGGGAGACCUUCGUCACCUACUACAACCUGAAGACCCACCAGAAAGCCUUCCACGGGAUCAACCCCGGCCUGAUCUCUUCCGAGAAGACGCCCAACGGAGGCUACAAGCCCAAGCUCAAUGCCCUCAAGCUCUACCGCCUCCUGCCCAUGCGCUCCCAAAAGAGGCCCUACAAGACCUACAGCCAAGGCCUGGUGCCCGAGAACCUCCUGCUCCCGGCUCAGCCCAUCCCCAUGGCGCUGGGCGACGGGGACUCCUUGGAUGGCAACCUGGUCUCCUCGCUGGGCAACGGCGACAUUGCUUCCGUCUUCACUGCCAACGGCGGCUCCCUGGAGAUGCCCGAGCCAGAACGCUUUCCACGGCCGCAGGAAACUGCGGCAGGCCCGGAGAUUGCCGCACUCCCAGCUGCGGGCGAGAACACUCCUUCGGACAAGAAGCCGGGGCCCCUGAGCGCAGAGGCUGCCUCUGUCAUUGCCUAUGGCCGGCCCGCCUCCUCGGUCAUCGUCCACAGCACAUCAGUGUUGUCGCAGACGCCCUCGGUGAUCACUUAUAACAGCAAGUCUUCGGAGGCAGGGCCUCUGCCGCCGACACAGGUGCCGUCUUCCGCCGUGGCCAGGCCUAUCAAGAAGCAAGUGCUGAAGGAGUACAUCCAGUCGCAGAAAGCAGAUGAGCGGGCUCUGGAAGAAAGCGGGGAGCCCAGGGCCAGGGGGCCGCGGUCUGGGAGGACCAUGACGUACAUGGCAAAGCCGGCAUAUGUUGGGGCCACCUCUGAAAGCCGCGCCGCGCCACUCUGCCAGAUCACGGUGCGCAUUGGUGAGGAAGCCAUCGUCAAGCGGCGGAUCUCUGAGACGGACCUCAUGUUGGACAAGGGCGGCCGCGUCGGGGGCAAGCGCUUCGAUUUCGGCAGGGAACAGAGCGGGAAGGAGGCAGCGUCGGAAGCCCCCCACGGCAAGCACGCCGGCAGGGGGUACGCCAACGAGAGCGGCGAGGAAGAGAGCGACAGGGGCGACGCCGAAGACCAGCUGUGGCGGCCCUACUACAGCUACAAGCCCAAGCGGAAAGCCGGCGCCGGCGCCAACACACUGCCCAAGAUGAAAAAGUCCCGGUGGCACCGCAAGCUCCGCUCUCUGCGCUGGAUGAAAAGGACGGAGAAGGCCGGGGAGGAAGAGGAGGAGGAGGAAGAAGAGGAGGAGGAGGAUGUGGUGACCAGUGAGUCGGCGCCGGCAGAAGUGUCCGCCGGCCGCGGGGCCGUCUCCGAAAUUGAGGGGCCGAGCCAGGCUCCCAAAGCAGUGCGCGGCUCCGAGUGGAAGCACGAAUGUGGCGCCUGCGGCAAGCUGUUCUCCGCGCUCAAGAAGCUGAGGAAGCACGAGCGAGUGCACGGGCGACUCGCCAAGGACAGCCCGCCCCUGGCGCCCUCACAGGCCCACCGCGUAGGCCGCAAGCCCCUGGUCAAGUUCACCUGCGCCCGCUGCACCAAGGUGUGCAAGACGGCGGCGGCCCUCAGCCGCCACAUGAAGCGCCACGAGGGCGAGCCGCCCGAGCCACCGCCCUUGCCGGCCCUCACCACCGUCAUCACCUACUCCAAGAAGGCGGAGGCUCCUCCCGUGGCUGUCGUGCCGGCGCCUGUCGUCAAAGAGGAGACCAUGCAGGAGAUGCAGGUGUCGUCCUCCAGCGGCGAAGCACCUUUGUGCCCGCAAGAGGUCCCUGAGGAGGAGGGGGAGGAAGGGCCCGUGGCGGUGGACAUGCAGCCUUACGGACGCCGCACCCCGGUGCCGGAAGAGGAGGCCGUGCCCCUGGCAGGAGGGAACAAGUCCCCGUUUCCGGAGGAGCUCAGUGCCCACCCGCCCGUGCUGGAGGCGGCCACCAGCCUCGCCGAGCUCCCAAGGUUAUCGCACUCCCUGCAGGACCCCGUCAUCUCGCACACGGGCCUCGCUCUGAAAGAGGCUUUGGCGCCCGAGCUGGAGGAGGAGCGAUACCCCGUCCAGGAGUACCCGCUGCCCUUGCUGGUGCCAGGCAGCUGUCGGACCCGCAAGGACUUAGAGGACAAGCCGCCCUCGUUCCUCGCCUACCCCAGCGCCAUCCAGUUCAGCGGCGUGGGCAAGGCGGGCGGCGGUGACGGUGGCGACGGUGGCAAGGUCUGCUUCUACCCGGACCCCUACCCCCUGAUGUACGGCCACCAGCUGCUGGCGGCCUACCCGUACAACUUCACCCUCCCGGUGGCUCUGAACAUGGUCGUCCCGGACGAGAAGGGGCAGCCGCUCCCGUUCCUGCCCGGCGUCUUCAGCUACUCGGUGAACCCCUGCCGCGGCGAGGUCCACGACGGCUCUGCCGCUGCGGCCUCCAGCGUGGCCAUGGCGAUGGGGGCUGGCCCGGCCCACGAGGGCAGAGGGGAGCUGCCUGCCCCAGAGAGGCUGAAGAAAGGGAGCCUUCUCUGAAGGGGAGGACCGAGGGAGGUUGGGGCGGAGGGGGGCAGCCGGAGGCGAGGGGUGGCACCGCUCUCGCCACUCGGCCUCCCCCAAGAUGGCACCCUCCCAUGGCUUUGGACUCCAGCUCCCGCCCAGCCAGUGAAGGGAUUGGGGCGCUCUGGGGUUGUGGAAGGCGGCCCCCUCCUCCUGGAGAAGGGAUGUUCGGGGCAGGGGGGGGCAGAGUGCAGUGGCAGCGCUGUGGCAGAGAGAGAGACAGAGCUGUGGAAUCUGGAGGUGAGCGUUGAUGCCGUGGCGGUGGGGAGGUGCACAGCGCAGCCACCUGACCCACAACCUCACAUCCCAGCGGUUUGUGGAGUGGGGCACAUCGUAGAUAAGACUUUUUUUUUUU